AUGCUGCCACUCGAUCGUGUGCCUCCUCCUGAGCGCAGUCUUGAUCGCUUUCCACCACUUACCGCUCGCCUCCCCCCAGCUGUCCAUCGACAACAUGCCAGCGAUGGAUUGGUUAGCAGCACCCGCUUGCGCAUUCUGGAAGAAUCCUUGCAGGCACUUGAGAUGGAAGACUGGAGGGUAGAGAGACUCCUGUCCGAGUACUCUCCUCAGGACGAAGGCCGCUAUGCCGACAAGGUGAACAGCAUGCAGAGAAAUUCCUUGCAGAGGUACAGCCAUGAGCCGGCUGACACCCCCUACUCGUCUCCAUACCUGAGCUACGCAUACGGACUUCAGUCAUCGGAAUCCUUGCAGAACCAUUCUCGAGGACCGAGCAGGACGAUGUCGGAGUAUUCGCAUCGCACCGUACCCGGACAUCGCAGACUUGACAUGCUGCCCGAGGCUGAUACCAAGCCCGUCGCCAAGAGAUCGUCAUUUUUCUUCUACGAAGCAACUUCGCUCUCCAACGAAGUGAUGCUGCAGCGAUCUCAGGCACAAACCAACGAAGCUGAUUCCACCGCUAGUUUGCACUCGACAGUUCAGAAUCCGAGCAAGCUUCCCACCAAUGGAAUCCCCGCAGCUCAGACCGAAUCUUCUCCUCCUCACGUGAAUCAUCUAGACCAGAGCCUAGGGCUGCAGAUGAAUGACAACUGCUGGGAGAGUAGCGGCGACGAGUCUGAGUCAGCCUCCUCGGACUCUGCAAUGAAGAUGCUCGAUCGCAUGCUGGGUCAAUACUUCAUCCGGAGCGAGGAGUUCCAACAGCUCCUGGUUCCGGACUCUCAGACCGUCAUCGAGUGGGAGGAUUGGUGGGCAAAGAUCGAGCGAUCUGUGAGGAGAGAAAUCAAGCCGGAGAUGAAAGCAGUGUUUGAAGGUCGCUGUCGAGACUUGUACUCGCAGACCAAGACGCAGAUCAUGAGGAUCUUUCAUCUGUACGGAGAUGAACAGGAGAAGAUGGAAGUGCAGCAACUCGUGCAUAUUCUCUCUUCCUUGGAUGACUAUGUUAUCAAGACUGUUGCUGCCAUUGACUACGCAGGCAGUCACAUCUCAUGGCCCGAGUUUUGGUCUGCAACUGAAGGCAAGAUCAAGACAACGAUCAAGGAAAGCGUUCGAAGGAGCAUCAAGAACGAGAUGCACGUCAAGUUUGCUGAAUGGAAGUACAGGUUCCAUGACGUCUUCAAAAAUGCAGACAUCGAAGGCAGAGGAAGGGUAGCUGGGAGCUCAUUUGUCGCUUCUUUGCUCGAGUCACCCUUCGGCAACCUUCUUCACAUCUGA